GCCAGGCCCUUGGGGUGAGGUGCCAAAGGUUCCCUAUAAAGUGCUAGGGCUCCUGCUGUGGCCACUCGCCCUCUGGGACUCACCACAAGCCACACGGGGCCCCGCCCAGCGACCACCAUGCCGAGGCUCACCCUGCCCAACCCGGGCCUGGAGGACCGGAUCCCAUCCCUGGACCAGCUGGGGGGCAUCGAGAAGGAGGAGGCCAGCUCGCGGCCCAAGUGGGACAACAAGGCUCAGUACAUGCUCACCUGCGUGGGCUUCUGUGUGGGCCUGGGCAACGUGUGGCGCUUCCCCUACCUGUGCCAGAGCCAUGGUGGAGGGGCCUUCAUGAUCCCGUUCCUCAUCCUGCUGGUGCUGGAGGGCAUCCCGCUGCUGUACCUGGAGUUCGCCAUAGGGCAGAGGCUGCGCAAGGGCAGCGUGGGCGUCUGGAGCGCCAUCCACCCCGCUCUGAAGGGUGUAGGCAUCGCGUCCAUGUUCGUGUCCUUCAUGGUGGGCCUCUACUACAACACCAUCAUCGCCUGGGUUAUGUGGUACUUCUUCAACUCCUUCCAGGAUCCGCUGCCCUGGAGCGACUGCCCGCUCAAUGCCAACCGGACAGGCUAUGUGGAGGAGUGUGCCCUCAGCUCCUCCGUGGACUACUUCUGGUACCGGGAGACCCUCAACAUCUCCACGUCCAUCAGCGACUCAGGCUCCGUGCAGUGGUGGGUCCUGCUCAGCCUGACCUGCGCCUGGAGCGUGCUCUACGUGUGUACCAUACGCGGCAUCGAGACCACCGGGAAGGCCGUGUACAUCACCUCCACGCUGCCCUACGUCGUCCUUACCAUCUUCCUCAUCCGUGGCCUGACGCUGAAGGGUGCCACCAAUGGCAUCGUCUUCCUCUUCACGCCCAACGUCACAGAGCUGGCCAACCCAGUCACAUGGCUGGACGCGGGCGCCCAGGUCUUCUACUCAUUCUCACUGGCCUUCGGGGGCCUCAUCUCCUUCUCCAGCUACAACUCCGUGCACAACAACUGCGAGAUGGACUCGGUCAUCGUGUCCAUCAUCAACGGCUUCACGUCUGUGUACGCGGCCACCGUGGUCUACUCCAUCAUCGGCUUCCGUGCCACUGAGCGCUAUGACAGCUGCUUCAGCACGAACAUCCUGACGCUCAUCAACGGGUUUGACCUGCCUGAAAGCAAUGUGACGCAGGACAACUUUGCAGAAAUGCAGCGGUGGUGCAACACCACAGACCCCGUGGCCUACGCAAAGCUGAGGUUCCAGACCUGUGACAUAAACUCCUUCCUGUCUGAGGGCGUGGAGGGCACGGGGCUGGCCUUCAUCGUGUUCACGGAGGCCAUCACCAAGAUGCCGGUGUCCCCGCUGUGGUCCGUGCUCUUCUUCAUCAUGCUCUUCUGCCUGGGCCUGUCGUCCAUGUUCGGGAACAUGGAGGGUGUGGUCGUGCCCCUGCAGGACCUCAAGCUCAUGCCUGCAAAGUGGCCGAAGGAGCUGCUCACAGGCCUCAUCUGCCUGGGGAUGUACCUCAUCGCCUUCAUCUUCACGCUGAACUCCGGCCAGUACUGGCUGUCCCUGCUGGACAGCUAUGCUGGCUCCAUCCCCCUCCUCAUCAUUGCCUUCUGCGAGAUGUUCGCUGUGGUCUACGUGUAUGGAAUGGACAGGUUCAACAGGGACAUCGAGUUUAUGAUCGGCCACAAGCCCAACAUCUUCUGGCAGGUGACCUGGAGGGUGGUGAGCCCCCUGCUCAUGCUGGUCAUCUUCCUGUUCUUCUUCGUGAUCAAGGUCAAUGAGGAGCUGAUAUACAGCGUCUGGGACCCCACCUACGAGGAAUUUCCCAAAUCCCAGAAGAUCCCAUACCCAGGCUGGGUGUAUGGGGUGGUGGUCAUCGUGGCUGGGGUGCCCUGCCUCGUCAUCCCCGGCUUUGCCAUCUACAAGCUCAUCAGGAGCUGCUGCCAGAAGCCAGGGGGCCGCCAGGGGCUGGUCAGCUCGCUGUCCACAGCCUCCGUCAAUGGGGACCUGAAGUACUGAGUGGCCCAGCCUGUGGCACGUGGUGGUGGGUGUGGAGGGAGGGGCCAGGCUGCAGUUGUGUGUAUCCAUGUGAGUGAACAUGUGCACACAUGCAUGUGUAUAUACAGUGUGGGUGUGCACACACAUAUACUGCACGUGUGAGCCCACAUGUAUGUUAUAUUUGUGGCUGUGUGCCUAUGUGUGCAUGUGUUUGCAUGUGUGUGUACACACGAGUGUGUGUUUUUAUGUGUGCACAUGUGAGUGUAUAUACACAUGAGUGUAUACAUAUGUGUGGGUGUUUGAGGAUGUUUGUACAUGUAUAUGUGUAUACAUGUGGGGGUAUUGGUAUUUAUAUAGGAACAUGUGUGAGCGUGUAUAUGUGAGCUGUAUGCAUGCGUGUGUAUGACUAUGCAUGCUGUGUACAUGUGUUUGUAUACACGCAUGUAUGUACAUGUGCAGCUGUGUAUGCAUGUGUACAUGCCUGCUGCCCCGCUGCACAAUUGCCUGCCAUGCCGGCACACACUCUGUGGGAGGGCCAGAGCUGCCGCGUGGGGUGACCCCUCCGCUGCGCUCACCUGGGGACGGGAGAUGCCACUCUUGUGACUCCUAGGCAGCCGGCGCUGUUUCCCCCCUUCCCCUCGCUGCCGAGCCCUUGGGCUAGGAGCUCCCACAGUCUCCUAUUCAGGCACUUCUACCCAACGAUGAGGAGCACCCUUUUCGUGCUCUGUCUGGAUGAGGCCUCAGGCCCCUGAGCCCGUGAGUUUGAAGAACCUUCGUUCCUGCCUGACUCUGCCUGUCGCGCACCUGCCAGCCGGGAGUUCCCGAGUCUUGGCAAUAUCAGGCUUAAUGAAUGCUAGCCCGUGUAAGCACUGCUGCAGCUGCCACAAAUAGAUGAUCAGUUAAAUAAAACUCAACCUGGCCUAACAUAAGGCAGAGA